GAGAGGGAGAGAGAGAGAGAGGACCGCGUCUGGCUCAUUGCACUCACUGAAGCGCACGAACGAACGAACGAACGUACGCACGCACGUACGCAUGCAUGCACGCGCUGCCGGGGAUGGCACUGCUGGAUUAGAUAUAUUUCUUUAUUAUUGUUUUUUUUUUCCACUUAAAAAUAACAACAAUAAUAAUAAAGCCAAUCAGAAAUCUGGGAGCUCAUGCAUUCAUGCAUCGUUGAACUUGACUCUCUCAUGCUGGGAUAAAUUAUGGGAUGUCUCUGCGCGUCUGAGCAAAACAGGAUCAUGCUCGACUGCUCUUUAUCUUUCUCUGAACGCAUGGCUGUGGCUACAUUGCAAUGAGGAUAACUGUUUGAAAUAAAGCCGAGGAAAGACAUUUGAAGUGCUGUCAUGGAUCUAAAGGAUUUUUACCUAUUGGCAACCUUUGUUGCUUGUCUGUGGCUGGAUCCAGCCAUCGCCCAAGAGCUAAUUUACUCAAUCCGUGAGGAGCUGCAAGAGAAUGUACUUAUUGGAAAUAUACCAAAGGAUUUGAACAUCUCCCAUAUGAAUGCUGCCAGCAACAAUCUGGUUUACCGUCUGGUCUCGAAAGCCGGGGACAACCCAUUACUGAGAGUAAUGAGCAACACAGGAGAGAUUUUUACCACCUCGAACCGUAUUGACCGUGAAAAACUCUGUCCUGGUCCGUCGUUCGAGGAGACCGAGUGCUCGUUUGAAAUCGAAGUGGUCAUCCUGCCAAAUGACUACUUCAGAUUAAUCAAAAUCAAGAUCAUCGUGAAGGACACCAAUGACAAUGCUCCGAUGUUUCCUUCCCCUGUGAUUAACAUUUCCAUUCCUGAAAACACUCUCAUCAACAGCCGCUUUGCCAUUCCCUCCGCUACUGAUCCUGACACGGGACCCAACAGCGUCCACAAGUAUGAACUUGUGAACGGACAGAGCACUUUUGGCUUGGAUAUCGUCGAGACGCAGGAAGGAGAAAAAUGGCCACAGUUGAUUGUCCAACAGAAUCUGGACCGAGAGCAAAAAGACACCUAUGUCAUGAAAAUCAAAGUGGAAGAUGGUGGGAAUCCACAGAAGUCCAGCACUGCCAUUCUUCAGGUGACAGUCACUGAUGUCAAUGACAAUCGUCCAGUUUUCAAAGAAAGUCAGAUCGAAGUUUAUAUUCCUGAAAGUUCUCCAGUCGGGACUUCUGUUGUACAGCUGCAGGCUUCGGAUGCAGAUGUUGGGUCCAACGCAGAAAUCAAAUACAUGUUUGGUACACAAGUCUCGCCAUCUACACGGAGACUCUUUGCACUAAAUGCUACGACUGGACUAAUAACGGUACAGAGGCCGCUCGAUAGGGAAGAGACUGCAAUUCAUAAGCUGUCAGUUUUAGCCAGUGAUGGAAGCUCCAGUCCAGCAAGAGCAACUGUAACGAUCAAUGUGACUGAUGUGAAUGAUAAUGCUCCAAAUAUAGACCUGAGAUACAUUAUCAGUCCGACUAAUGGUACCGUAAUGUUGUCUGAAAAAGACCCCAUUAACACUAAAAUAGCUCUUAUCACCGUCUCUGAUAAGGACACUGAUGUCAAUGGCAAGGUGAUCUGCUUUAUUGAAAAGGAUGUGCCAUUCCACCUCAAAGCAGUCUAUGACAACCAAUACUUGUUGGAAACCUCAGCUCUGUUGGAUUACGAAGGGACUAAGGAGUACAUCUUCAAAAUUGUGGCUUCUGACUCCGGAAAGCCUAGUUUGAACCAGACUGCGUUGGUUAAAGUGAAGCUCGAGGAUGAGAAUGAUAAUCCGCCCAUUUUUAGCCAGCCUGUGAUUGAACUGUCAGUCAUGGAAAAUAACCAGCGUGACCUUUUUCUCACAACUAUUAGUGCUACAGAUGAAGACAGUGGGAGAAAUGCGGAAAUUGUCUACCAGCUCGGACCCAAUGCCUCCUUCUUCGAUCUGGACCGUAAAACUGGGGUGUUGACAGCCUCAAGGGUGUUUGACAGAGAAGAUCAAGAUAGGUUUCUCUUCACCGUCACGGCAAGAGAUAACGGCACCCGGGCGUUGCAGAGCCAGGCGGCUGUGAUAGUUACCAUUUUAGACGAAAAUGACAACAGCCCCAAGUUCACACACAACCACUUUCAGUUCUUUGUGUCUGAGAACCUGCCUAAGUAUAGUACGGUCGGAGUGAUUACAGUCACAGAUGCAGAUGCAGGUGAAAAUGCCGAGGUGUCUCUCUCCAUACUCAAUGAUAAUGAAAACUUUAUCCUCGAUCCCUUCUCCGGAGUUAUAAAAUCGAAUGUUUCCUUUGACAGAGAGCAGCAAAGUUCUUAUACCUUUGACGUAAGGGCUGUGGAUGGUGGUCGUCCUCCAUGUUCAUCAGUCGCCAAAGUGACCAUCAACGUCAUUGAUGUCAAUGACAACCCACCCAUUGUCAUCUACCCUCCAUCAAACACUUCCUUCAAGCUGGUACCACUUUCUGCCAUUCCGGGAUCUGUUGUUGCAGAAGUUUUUGCUGUGGAUGGAGAUACAGGAAUGAAUGCUGAAUUAAAAUACACCAUCAUUAGUGGUAAUGGCAGAGGACUUUUCAGGAUUGAUCCUGUUACAGGAAACAUUACUUUAGAAGAGAAACCCACUGUUGCGGAUAUCGGUCUCCAUCGUCUGGUGGUCAACAUUAGCGACCUUGGCUAUCCAAAGUCUCUGCACACACUAGUUCUUGUUUUCCUGUACAUCAACGACACAGUAGGAAAUUCAUCUUUUAUCUACGAGCUCAUCCGGCGCACGAUGGAGACACCUCUGGAUCGGAACAUCGGCGACAGUAGCGAAACGUAUCAGAAUGUCGACAAUCUUAAAACCAUCAUUGCCAUCGUCACAGGUGCUAUGGUGGUAAUCGUGGUGAUAUUCAUUACUGUUCUGGUCCGCUGCCGAAACGUUUCGCAGUUUAAAGCAGCUCAAAGGAAGAAACAAGGUGCUGAGUGGAUGUCACCCAACCAGGAGAACAAGCAGAACAAGAAGAAAAAGCGCAAGAAAAGGAAGUCACCCAAAAGCUCCCUGCUUAACUUCGUAAGCAUCGAGGAGAACAAACCCGAUGACCCAGCGCACGAACCCAUCAACGGCACCAUCAGCAUCCCAGCUGAGCUCGAGGAGCCGGGGAUUGGACGGUUUGACUGGAACACAACACCAACCACCACCUUCAAGCCCAAUAGCCCCGAUUUAGCCAGGCACUACAAGUCGGCCUCGCCCCAGUCAGCUUUCCACGUCAAGGCCGACACUCCAGUUUCGGCGAAAAAGCAUCACGUCGUUCAGGAGCUGCCCCUCGACAACACAUUCGUCGGGGGAUGUGACACUCUUUCCAAACGCUCGUCCACUAGCUCGGAUCACUUCAGUGCCUCGGAGUGCAGCUCCCAAGGAGGCUUCAAGACAAAAGGAGGGACCUUACACAACAGACAGAAGAACUAUCGAGGAGACGACGGGGACAACCUCGAAUUUCAAUCGUCAUUUGGAAAGACUCCACCCAGAGAAGGGACUCUAACACGUGCACGGACUGAACUGAACCCUGAUUAUCUGGACCUGCGCUCGAGAACUGACCUGAACCCUGAAUACUGGACCCCGUGUACACCAUUGUCGCAACGCCGUGUGACCUUUCACCUUCCGGAUGGCUCUCAGGAGAGCUGCAGUGACAGCGGUUUGGGUGAGCCUGAGUCUGUUGGGGGUGGGGCUUUGCUUUCUAAGCCCCUCCCACUUGCACAGGAGGAGUUCUAUGAACAAGACAAAAGAACCGAGGCAGAUGGUAACUCUGAUCCCAACUCGGAUGGACUUUUAGGACCCAGGGGUCUCAUGGAAGCAACAGAGAUGUGCACACAAGAGUGCCUAGUCCUUGGCCACUCAGAUAACUGCUGGAUGCCACCCAAAUCGCCCACUUCAUCCUACGGAGGCAGCCAGAACGAGUGGACGAAAGACAAACUGCUGAAUGGUCACACGCUAAACCGCGGCUGGAAGAACAGCCACGAGCACUUCGGAGACAGGAAAUCUUUCGGCAUAGGAGGAGUCGGAGUCAGCGGCCACAUAACCGACAUCCCAUUGGCCAGUUUGAAAUCCUAUCAGGCUUCUUCUGGCACUGAAAACCCAAAGGAGCAGCAGCUUUAAGAGCAUUUACUCCAUAACUGCUAUUUCUCUAUGAUUUCUCUGAAAAAAGAAAGAAAAAGAUUAUUUUCUUUCACAUUUGUUCAUUUUUCGUCCUUUGAUUAGAUGGAUGCUAAUGCUGUGUGAUAGUCAGACGUACAGAUUAGACAAAAAGUGCUUAUUUACCGUUACUAUGCGAAAUCGAACUU